GCGCCUCCCCAGGAAUCCUCAGAAUGUGAGGUUCUCGCGAAGGCGCCUUGCAUCAGCCCGUGGAUGCGUGCCUGCCGCCGGCUCCCGCGCGGGCAGGGCGGGAACCGGGGCCUUCCACACCCAAGCCCCGCCGCGUCGGGGCCGGGGGCCGCCGCGGGCCGCAGCCGCUCCGCUCCCCACCCCGCAGCCGCGCGCCCCUGGAUGAAUGCUGCAGGUCGGUCGCCGCCCUGGAGAUGACCCCGCUCCCCAGGAUGCCCCUGGCGCCGGUCCUGCUGCUGCUCCUCUGGAGUUCUGCCGAAGCUCAGGUCAACCCAGCCGUGUGCCGCUAUCCCCUGGGCAUGUCGGGCGGCCACAUUCCGGAUGAGGACAUCACCGCGUCCAGUCAGUGGUCGGAGUCCACGGCUGCCCGAUACGGAAGGCUGGACUCGGAAGAAGGGGACGGCGCCUGGUGCCCUGAGGUGCCGGUGGAGCCGGACGACCUCAAGGAGUUUCUGCAGAUCGACCUGCGCAGCCUGCACUUCAUCACGCUGGUGGGCACCCAGGGCCGCCACGCCGGGGGCCACGGCAUCGAGUUCGCCCCCAUGUACAAGAUCAACUACAGCCGGGACGGCAGCCGCUGGAUCUCCUGGCGGAACCGGCACGGGAGGCAGGUGCUGGACGGGAACAGCAACCCCUACGACAUCUUCCUGAAGGACCUGGAGCCGCCCAUCGUGGCCAGAUUCGUGCGCUUCGUCCCGGUCACCGACCACGCGACCAACGUGUGCAUGAGGGUGGAGCUGUACGGCUGCGUCUGGCUGGACGGCCUGGUGUCCUACAACGCCCCGGCGGGGCAGCAGCUGGUGCUCCCCGGGGGCUCUGUCAUCUACCUGAACGACUCCGUCUAUGAUGGAGCUGUGGGCUACAGCAUGACGGAGGGGCUGGGCCAGCUGACGGACGGGGUGUCGGGCCUGGACGACUUCACGCAGACGCACGAGUACCACGUGUGGCCUGGCUACGACUAUGUGGGCUGGCGGAACGAGAGCGCCGCCCAUGGCUACGUGGAGAUCGUGUUCGAGUUUGACCGCGUCAGGAACUUCACCACCAUGAAGGUGCACUGCAACAACAUGUUCGAGAAAGGCGUGAAGAUCUUCAAGGAGGUGCAGUGCUACUUCCGCUCGGAGUCCAGCGAGUGGGAGCCGCAGGCCGUCUCCUUCCCGCUGGUGCUGGACGACGCCAACCCCAGCGCCCGCUUCGUCACGGUGCCGCUGCAGCACCGCAUGGCCAGCGCCGUCAAGUGCCAGUACCACUUCGCCGACACCUGGAUGAUGUUCAGCGAGAUCACCUUCCAGUCGGACGCCGCCAUGUACAACAGCUCUGGAGCCCCGCCCACCGCGCCCUCCGCACCCGCCACCUACGACCCCAUGCUGAAGGCCGAUGACAGCAGCACUCGCAUCCUGAUCGGCUGCCUGGUGGCCAUCAUCUUCAUCCUCCUGGCCAUCAUCGUCAUCAUCCUCUGGAGGCAGUUCUGGCAGAAGAUGCUGGAGAAGGCCUCCCGGCGGAUGCUGGACGACGAGAUGACCGUCAGCCUGUCCCUGCCCAGCGAGUCCAGCAUGUUCAACAACAACCGCUCCUCGUCGCCCAGCGAGGAGCAGGGCUCCAACUCCACCUACGACCGCAUCUUCCCCCUGCGCCCCGACUACCAGGAGCCCUCCCGGCUCAUCCGCAAACUUCCGGAGUUCACGCCGGGGGAGGAGGAGCCAGGCUGCAGUGGCCUGGUGAAGCCGGUCCAGCCCAGCGGGCCGGACGGGGUGCCCCACUACGCCGAGGCCGACAUCGUGAACCUGCAGGGGGUGACCGGGGGCAACACCUACUCUGUGCCGGCGCUCACCAUGGACCUGCUGUCCGGCAAGGACGUGGCAGUGGAGGAGUUCCCCCGGAAGCUGCUGACCUUCAAGGAGAAGCUGGGGGAGGGCCAGUUUGGGGAGGUGCACCUCUGCGAAGUGGAGGCCACGGAGAAGCUGGGGGACGAGGGCUUUGCCCCCGACACCGGCGCCGGCCCGCCGGUGCUCGUGGCCGUGAAGAUGCUCCGGGCUGACGCCAACAAGAACGCCAGGAACGACUUCCUCAAGGAGAUCAAGAUCAUGUCUCGGCUCAAGGACGCCAACAUCGUGCGCCUGCUGGCCGUGUGCGUCGCCGACGACCCUCUGUGCAUGAUCACCGAGUACAUGGAGAACGGGGACCUCAACCAGUUCCUGUCCCGCCACGAGCCCCCCGGCCCCGCCCCGGGCGAGGCGCCCACGGUCAGCUACGCCGACCUGAAGUUCAUGGUGACGCAGAUCGCGUCGGGCAUGAAGUACCUGUCCUCCCUCAACUUCGUCCACCGGGACCUGGCCACGCGGAACUGCCUGGUGGGCAAGAACUACACCAUCAAGAUCGCCGACUUCGGCAUGAGCCGGAACCUGUACAGCGGGGACUACUACCGCAUCCAGGGCCGCGCCGUGCUGCCCAUCCGCUGGAUGUCCUGGGAGAGCAUCCUGCUGGGCAAGUUCACCACCGCGAGCGACGUGUGGGCCUUCGGCGUGACCCUGUGGGAGACCUUCACCUUCUGCCAGGAGCAGCCCUACUCGCAGCUGUCGGACGAGCAGGUCAUCGAGAACACCGGCGAGUUCUUCCGGGACCAGGGCCGGCAGACGUACCUGCCCCAGCCCGCCAUCUGCCCGGACUCCGUGUACAAGCUGAUGCUGAGCUGCUGGAGGAGGGACACCAGGCACCGGCCCUCCUUCCAGGAGAUCCACCUGCUGCUCCUCCAGCAGGGGGACGAGUGAGGCCCCGCGCCCGGCCCCCCGCCGCGCCCCGGCCGCCGGCGACACGCAGCACCCAGCCCCGCCCGCCGCGCCCCCGGACCCAGUGCGCCGAGGGCGGGGGCUCCCGCGGCUCUCUCUGUCCUCGGCUCCCGCCGCUGCACCCCCACUCUCCGCCCCGGCCCAUAUAUACUUGUUUUUUACAUUAAAGAACUAAAAAAGGAAAAAAAAAAGCCUAGGGCAGAUAAAAUCCAGUCAAGAAAUCUUCACCGAUGCACCGAAGUGCUGGAUGAGAAAGGCUAGAUGAUUUAGAUAAUUUAUAAAGGUUAAAUAUGCUUGUGUUUAUACAUGUGCAGAUUCUACAAUGUUUUUUCCACGUUGCCUUUAAAGAAAUAGUUUCAGCGAGGAAAACUUGAAGAACACCCGCGUCUCUGGACACCCGCGGUCAGGCUUAGGGGAGAAAACACCCAGCGAGUGUGGAGACUGGGAAGAAGCGGUUCCCGUGACCAGCCCCGGACGGCCUCGGUUCGCCCUGCGUCCUCUGGGCUGGGCUCCCUCCGGGCCUCUCUCUCCUGCCAGCUCAGCUGACACCUGCUUGAGAACCGCCCCCCCGCCCCCCCCCGCUUCCCGGAACGGGUGCUGUGUCCUGUCACGGGAGGGGCUGGGGUGGUAGUGGGUGCACCCAGAAACACAGGACGGCGCGGGCGAGAGCGUUCGCUGCCCGCCGGCCGGCGUGAAGGGAACUGUCGUUGGCUGAACAAGAAGCGUACCUCAUGCACGGAAGGAUUCUGCAGUAGAGUGGACACAGGGGAGCAGGCCCGAGGAGGACAGGUGACAGGUGUGCUACUCCUUUCGGCAGAGGGUCCUCCUCUUCCUCUUGUUCAGACACUUCCGGGGUGUGUCUUAGGGAAAGUUUGCUUUUGGAUCCGUAAGAACCGGCGUUUCGGCAGCUCCGUCCCAGGCCCUGUGGCUCCUCCUCUCCAAGGCAACCAACUGGCUGUUUGAAGGGGUGAAUCCCCCGCGGCCCUCGCCGGCCGGGGUUCGAGUUCUCAGGCGUGCACGACAGGGAGCAGGUCGGCUGUGGGUGCUCCGAAGGGUUGGCCUGGGACCAGCAAGGGGCAGCUGCAGGGCGCGGAUGCCCUCUGUGUGCGGGGAGCUCCCAGGGUGCACGGGCUGCCUCGGAGGCGGAGGCCUCUGUCCCUCAAGAGGCUCAGAUCCAGGCCGAGGAGCUAGGGGGGACAGACAGACGGACGGAGGUUUUGGAGCCCAGAGAAGUGGAGGGAGAUGGUGCUGGCUGGCCUUUUGCGCAGGUCAGGUGCAGCAGAGAUGUCGCCCACGGCGACAGCUCAGUGGGCGGGUGCCUGGGAGAUGCGGUGACUGGGAGAGAGGAAGGGGGAGGCCCUGUCUCCAGAAUUCACGGGAACAGACACACAUGGUCCCAUCGGAGCCCGGUCAGACCUGGGGCCGAGCCACGCACCCUCAGAUGCGGUGGCAAGCAGGGAAGGGAACCCCCAAGUCCCGCAGAAAAAGUGGCAGAGACACGUCCCAGGCUCAGAAACAGAACUUGACCUGGGGGCCGGCUUCCGCCACCUGGUCUCACUCAGCCCCCCAUCCGCCCUCACCUGCUCCCGGCCUCGGCAGAUGCAGAAGCCCCACCCCCUGGGGUCCCUUUGCGGGUCCCCUUCCUCCCCCGGAGACUGAGGUGACGGCUCAGACUCAGCAUCAGGCCGGAGGGAGCCGUGUCCCCUUUUCUUCCAUUGGGUGAGGCCCCCACCCUGGCCCAGGGUCGGGCCUUGCUCCGCCCAACUGUUGAGAUGCUAAUCUCUCCUGGAACCGCUCGCAGAGUAAGACGUGACCAGGCACCAGGAGCUCCCACACCGAGUCACCUGCAGCCCCCUGCAGGGCUGCAGCCCCGGACCCCGGACUCCGCAGGUGCCCAGGGAAGCGGUCCCCUCCCCCUUCCUCUGUCUAACAUCCCCCACUUAUUUUUUUUAAGCAUUCAGGCUCAGCAUCUCAUGGUCCCGCAGGAAAACAGUCAGAGUUCAAGUGAGCGCAGUGUCUGGAUCUUCCCGGGCUUGCGUCCGAGGGGCCGCCGUUGUCGGGCCGCUGGCCGGAGCGCGUUGUCACGGGCUGCCACCCUUUCUGGGGUGAGGGAGGGCCCACCUCUGUGCGGCCGACACGGGGUUUGCCGCGGCCUGGCCGUUCCCACGGAGGUCACAGCACAAACCCGAGAGGGCCAGCUGGCGCGUCGUGCGCGGCGAAGGCCUCGUGUGGAGAAUUUAAAAGUCGCUGGGAUGUACAUUAGAGGAAGGAAACUAGAAAUGAAUUAGAAAAGGAGGCGGGAGGAUGUGGAACGUUCUGUGUCGGACUGUGGUUCUGGGGCCAGGGUGAUAGUGUCCGCAGGCUGGUCGGUGGGAGGAGAGCUCAGCCCGACCUGGCGCCCGCCCAGACUCUCCUGCCCAGAGUCGGCCUGGCCUGGGGAGGCCCCUGGGGAGACCCCCAUGGAGGCACGUGGCUUCAGUGCAGGGGCAGGACGGCUCGCAGGUGCCCGAGGCUGGGACGGCGCACAGCGUGGGCCGGGGUGGCGGACGAGGAAGGAGCGCGCAAGUGGCCGAACGGGAGGCAGGUGGGCGGGAGGGCGGACCGUGCACAGGUGGGCUGUGGGAGCGCGGUCGGUCGAGAGUCACGCGGGAAGCGGAGCUGAGACAGGGCAGGGCAAGCAAGUGUGCUGGGACAAAGGGCAGCUGUGUUUGGGGGGAGGAGGUGCCAGACGAUGGAGAUCGCACUGGCGAGAAAUGAGACGUCGGGGGUGGCGUAGGGAACCGAGGGGAGGAGGGAGCUUCGGGGGUUUGAGACAGAGAAAGUUCCUCGUGGGUGUGGGGCCCGGGAGCACCCAGCGGGGAGGGCGCUGCACUUCAGAGGAAGCGGGUGACGAGGGCCCCAGUGCCUGUGUCCUCCAGCUGAGACGGGAGCAGCCCUGCGCACCCCGGACGCGGUUUUCCCAGGGUGCCCUGCGUGCAGGCCUGGAAGCAGGCUUUGGCGGAGCUUGGCCAGGCUGGGGUCCCGGCCCUCGCGUGUGUGAAUGGGGUCCCUGCUGAGCCCAGAAGGGCACGGGAACAGGGGGCGAUGGGCCCCAGUGAGGCUGACUCGGUCUGGUGUGACGCCCCAGCAGGGGUGGGUGCCGGGCGCCGUGGGAGCUGCGUGAGGCUGUCACCCCACCCAGGCGCCCUGCAGGGAGCGGGGCUCAGCCAUGUGUUUUGAGUGAAAGGAGAUCAGAGGAGGAGAGAGUCCAAAAGAGGGAAGCAGAGGGAGAUGUUCCAAGGAAAUGCUCUGAGACAGAACAGUGACUGUUUUGCCCAAAAAUAAAAAAAAAAAAAGAAUGAAGAAAAUUACAGUCAAGGCGCAGCUCGCUCCCCAGACAGGGCCAGUAAGCCUUGAAUUUCCAGGCUUGCCAUCUCAGUCCUUCAGCGAGGCCUCUGACCUCUGGCCUCUGGCCUCUGGCCUCUGGGCGUGCCUGUGGCAGCUCCCAGAAUGUUUCUGGACGUUUCAGACCUGGUGUAUGCUGGGAGAGCGUUCUGAACUAAAAUGUAACGUUUCCGUAGAAACAGAGGGAUGUCCGCUCCCCGUGGCGAGUGUCCUGGAGCUGAUGGGGAAGGGGGCGGGAACCGUUCUCGGUGCCUGGAUCUCGGGGGCCUCUGGGUGCCCUGCUGCGGGGGCUGCGUCGUUUGGGGGACGAUGGCUCUUGUGUCCUUCUCCCAGAACUUGUUGUUUUGGGAGACUUUCGGACUCCCAAGAAGUUGCGAAAGCAGUGCAGCGUGGCCCACCCUAACGCCACUGCUCGCGUCUUACGUAACCACUGUGCGCUUCCAAAGCCGGAAAACCGACCUUGCUGCAACGCCAGCAACGAAGCUGAAGGAGCGUUCAGAGUUCGGCAGCUCUUCACACGCGCUUGUUCAGUUUCCGGGUGGGGUUAACCCCUGGUUAAGUAGCUGGUUCGUAGUGAGAGAGACGCCACCUGGACCCACUUGUCCUUCAAACCCCGAGAGAGAGUGUCACAAACCAGCCCGUUUCUUUAUCAGCGAGCGCUGUCCAGCCCAGCCGGGGUCCACAUUGGCCGUUUAGCACCUGGAACAGCCCAGAACAACCUGAAAGGACUCGGGGCAGGAAGACCUGCCCGCGGCUUGCUGGCUAGAGAACCAGGCGAGGAGGGAAGUCUGGGUGACGAGGGCUUGAAACUGUGGCAGAGAGGACUGGAGAGUGGCCAGUGAUUGGUCAAGAAGUAGGUGGCACCAAGUGCCGGCCCCAGGGCCGCUUGUGGAAGGAACCGAGAACCGUGGUGUGGUCCUCUGAUGUGGGAUGGACCAUUGUCAGAGUAGCGGAGAGGUUUCGUUUGCCUGGGUGUCUGUUCUGAAACGGAGCCCCAGCCGCAGUGGACCGAAGGGAAGGCAAACCCACGGCGACCUCGGGGUGCGGAGCUUCCGGCUCCGAUGCUCCUGGCUGCCGGUGUCCUGACUGCUCCGUGUGUGGGUCACAAGGCUGCAACGUGGCCACCGCUGCCUGCUGUGCGGUCAUUGCGUACGUGUUUGCGGGGGGCUGUUUUUGAAUGAAAAUAUGGAAGCAGAAACCUGUCAUACUGUGUGCUGGGGUGAGUUAGGGAGAGUUGCCCCGCUGUGGCGUACAGAGUCUGUGUUCAAACCGGGAAAGGGGGGAAGGGCCCAGGGCUCACCACCUGUCUGUUCCUGAUGGGGAAGUCGACCUUUGAGGGCUUGAGACAGCCUUUCAAGGUCGUUCUGUACAGGACACCCCGUCCAGAGCGGGCACCACACGCUGGCCCCAAACUGGCCCACUGGAAACCAGCCUUAUAGUUUCUCCCGCACACGCCUGGUCCACAACUCCCCAAACCUCCAAAGGGGCAGGAGGAGCCCAGAGGUCGCCCACGCUUCCCCGAAGGCACCGCCGCAGGUGGAGGGAAGGUCAGCAGAGACACCGGGGGAGCCCAGCGGGGUGAGGCGGUCGAUUACGUCAAGGGAAACUUGGUUUCUGGAGGAGAGGCUUGGAACUGACACAAGGCAGGAGGGCUCCGGCAAACACCCCGAGUCUGCAGUCCCGGGGCUCACUUCACGCCCUUCUCCGUCUGCACGCCGGUGCCCACCCCCCGCCCCCCGCCGUCUGGUGACCGCUGGGAGCAGCACGACGCAGGUUUCACCAGCGGGGAGGGGCUGGGCCCGCUCUGCGGACUGUGGAGGGCCAGGUGUUGGGUCAAGGGGCAGAGAGCAAACCGACUCAAUUUCUGCUUAAAACUAUCCUAGUCAUUCCAAAAUAGAUUAUGUAAGAAUUCUCUGUAUUAGGAAAAAAAAGCCACGAGAUACCAAUUGUAUAUUUUCUUUUCUUUAUUUAUUCUCUGUAAGUCUGUCAGAUGAUACAUUGUAAAUAACAACGAUUAAAGAAAUACGCUACUAAGGAA